AUGCCAACCCACCGCCACCGCCCAUCUCUAACAGUAAUGCCCCGAUCCCGGGACGACACCCCCUCCUCCUCCUCCUCCCUCGAGCGAGGCGAAGACCCCCACCACGGCCUCACCCUCAAGCAAGAGCUCGAGUGGAAACCAGGAAAGCAGGAAUACGCCGUCAUGAUCACCCUCGCAAUCAUCUCCCUCAUGGUCGCCCUCGACGCAACCAUCCUCGUGUCCGUCCUCCCCACCCUCGCCAUCGACCUCGGCGGGACGGCAACAGACGCCUUCUGGGCAGGGACAUCCUACCUCCUGUCCUGCGCCGUGUGCCAGCCCUUCAUCGCCGCCUUGUCGGACAUCUUUGGCAGGAAGGAGAUGCUCAUCUUUUCGGUCUUGUUCUUCACCCUCGGCACCGUUCUGUGCGCCCCGAUUGCGAAGAACUUUACUGUCUUUUUUGCGGGGAGGUCGGUGCAGGGGAUUGGCGGUGGGGGGAUUAUUACUAUGGGACAGGUUAUUUUUGCGGAUAUUGUGCCGCUGAGACAGAGGCCAAAGUACUUUUCUUUGGUGCUGGCUGCGUGGGCGUUGGGGAGUGUGCUGGGGCCCUUGAUUGGGGGGUUGUUUGUCGAGAAGGCAUUCUGGAGCUGGUGCUUCUACAUCAACCUGCCUUUUUGCGCGUUGGGCCUGGUGUUGAUUCCUUGCUAUGUCAAGCUGACGACUCAGCGGACGAGCUUGAGGAGCAAGCUUGCAAGGGUGGAUUGGUUGGGCGGGUUUUUGUUUAUUGGGGGGUUGACAAGUUUCUUGGUUGGCAUGAGCUGGGGAGGUGUGCAGUUUGAGUGGUCGUCUGCGCAGGUCAUCGCGCCCAUGGUGGUGGGUGUGCUCAGUGUUGCCAUGAGUGUUGUUUGGGAGAGCUAUGGGGCGAGGGAGCCGUUUUUGAGGCCGCAGCUGUUUUGCAGUGGGAGCGCGCUUGCCGCCUAUGCUUGUGCUCUUUUCCAGGGCUUUAUUCUCUUUUGUGCGCUGUACUACGUUCCCUUCUACUUCACCGCGGUUCGGUUCGAAAAGCCGACGCAAUCCGGACUCGACAUCUUCCCAGUCACCUGUCUCCUGCUCCCCGGUAGCAUCGUCGUUUCUCUCAUUUCCUCCCGAACAGGCCACUACCGCUGGGCGAUCUGGUCUGGCUGGGCCAUCACCGCCAUCGGCUGCGGUCUCCUCCACUUCUUCGACACCGACACCCCCACCCCCGUCUGGGCUGUCAUUCUCGCUGUCUUCGGUAUCGGCCAUGGCAUCCUCCUCACCAGCGUCAACGUCGGCAUCCAGGCUAUCAGCCGGGUCGAAGACGCCGGUCGAGCCGCAGCCAUGUACGCCUUCAUGCGCACCAUGGGAAUGUCCAUCGGUGUCGCAGUCGGUGGUACAGUCUUUCAGAACCUCAUGGUCAAGAAGCUCGACGAGUUAGGCAUGCCGGAGGAGAUUGCUCACGACUCCGAGGCGUUCGUUGUUCAGAUGGCCGCCAUGGACCCUACCGAUCCUGUCCGGAUCGGCGCCCUUGAAGCCUACGUCGCCGGCUUCCACGGCGUCUACUGGGACCAUCACCCGCGCCUCCGUCGCCGCCUUCCUCAUCUCCCUCUUCAUGAAGCGCCACAGCAUGGACAAGAUGCUCGCGACAAAGUUCGUUCUCGAAGGCGCCCGCACGACCAUGGUGCCCAACCCGGCCAUCAUGACCAACGCCAUCACCAUCCAAACCAACAGCUCUUCUCAGGACAAGUUCUCGUCGGAAUCACCCCGCCAACUCCCACCCCUGUUCAAAGACUCCCCUAUGCCGUCGGCAUUUGA